AUGCUAAUUUUUCAUUGGAUAGAGGAUGACGAAAAAAGUGCACUUUUAUUAUACAAAAACAGACCUACACAACAAUCAAUAAAUGAGGACCAAAUAAAACAUAUUCAUUGGAAGCAAGCACUUCCUUGGGCACAGGAUACCUUAAUUUGUAAAGAUAUACUUUCACAGUUAAUAAACGAAUCAGUUUCCGCUCAACAAAACGAUGCUCUAGUUUCUAUUGCAACAGAAAAUUCAAUUGUAAUUUCCUUGUUCGAUGGAUUGUUGAUACGUGUGACUCUGCAUUCAUUUCCUUUUUUGGAAAGGGUUUUUUUAAAUAUUUUUCCGACCCAAAAAAAAUUUUUAAAGGAAGAAUUGUCUCCGUCAGAAGCAGGAAUUCCUUUUCUUUCCCAAACUCUUCGAGAACUUUUUCUAGCCGAACAUACAAGCAAACCUAAAAGAGCUCAACAAUUUGUUACGCUACCACAAACAGCAUUACCUGAAAGUUUGGAUAUGCGUGGACCUCAAGCUAUUUGUUUGGAAGAGGUUCUUUCACGUAUGAAAACGUCCAAUUCUUUAAUCAAAAAAUUUGUGGAUCGUUGUUCCCAUUAUCAACUCGUAGUUAGAACAAUUGAUUUUUUACAAGAUUAUUCAAUUCAUUUUUGUGAUCCACAGCCUCAAUGGAAAUGGGUACGUGUUACACCCAAUUUUACUCUAAUUUCUCUCAAUUUUGUAAAUAGAGGAUUUGAAAAUCUUGCAAAUUUUUUUUACCCCAACAGAUUUUCGAGCCAAAUUCACAUAACCAACACAUCAAUAACUUUGACUUGUAAAGAAGUUCAGCAAAUUAAUUGUCGUCGUGACGUCUCAAUUUUGGGGGAAUCAUUGCUUCUCUUGGCCGCCCAUUUUUGGGUCAGUUCUCUCAACACUCUUUCUCGAGCAUAUAGCUGGCAAAUACUUCAUGCAAAUAUUAACGCUUUUGACAUGGAAGGCAAUCCAGCACCAACAUUUUAUGCUUGUAAUCAAACGGCGACAAAAAGUCUAUUUAUUCAAUUUUACUCAAAUGGAAAUUGCCCUGGAAUUUUUAUUAGAGAAAAUAAUAUUAAAGAUGAUCUUCAAAUUAAACCAAAUCCAACAAAAGAACUUGGAGGUUUUCGUUUUUUAAAUUAUUCGAGAAUUCCGGGAUCGACGCUUAUGAGAAAAAUGGAUAAUUUAUUGGCAACUUUUAUCAAUUAA